GUUCUAACAAAAUUGUAAAAAACGCAAUUAUUGUAAUUGCAAAUUGUUGCAAACGUAAAUAUAAACUAAUGGCAUAAUCAAACUAAGAGCAAGUAAUAGUGAUUAACUUGAUAAGUAAGCUGCAAGCGCAGCAAAAGUAAUAUUGUGAAUUUUCUUUUGUUCACGGAAAAUUUUUCCUAAUCAACGACAGACGGAGACAGCUUUGGGAAAAUGCUGCGAUCAAGCAGCGAAUUGCUGGCAAUAACUUUAGUCUUUUGUACUGUACUCUGUAUAGUUUACUGUAAGCAUGUUGUUAUAACGUCACCUAAACAGGCACUAAUCGGCUCAACAAUAAACGUUAGCGCUAUACUCUAUGAUGGCAAUAAAAUCGCAUCUAAAUCAAGCUAUAGAUUCACCUGGAAAAACAUCGAUGGCAGCAGCGAAAAGUCAAUUGACACGAGCAAUCCAUUCUGUAAUUGGACCAUGACAUAUACCAAGGAUGUUAGCCAUUUGGGUAGACAAAAACUGGAUGUAAGCGUAUCAGAGAAGGAAUUGUGGCUAUGGAUACCAGUAGCUGGGCAAAUAGUGGACAUAAUGCUGGUGGAUACACUCAGUGGUGGACUUGAGCUCAUACAGCAUCAAGUUGUGCGCAGUCAAGAUUUUGUCUCCACCCAAAACCCAGUGAACCAUAGCAUUCAACUGUGGCCCGCUGAUAAGGAGUUUUUAGAACAGAAUCAUUAUUAUGUGAAUACAUACUGGUUCCAAAACUGCACAUAUCUGGGCAUGUCGCGCGACUUGGACUAUCAAGCGAUAUAUCCUGUGGCUGAACAAUAUUAUGAUAUUGAAGUAUUGAUUGUAGCAUCGCCAUAUCCAUUGCCAGAGCCAACUACAUCAACAACUACAACAACUACGACAACUACUACCACUACCACAACAACUACAUCUACGACAACUACAACUACGACGACUUCAACAACAACUGCUAAGCCGCCCCCUCGUCUCAAGCGCGAUACAAAUGAAACUAUGCAUGCUAAUGCCGCUAUACUUGGCAUCAAUUUAGUCAAAGCUGUGCGCGAGCAACAGCUUAGGGAUCGCACUAAUAACACCAAUCAAUCCAUAGCACUUAUAAAUCCGUUAGGCGUUCGUCAUUUGAGUAAAUUAUCUCCUAAUGACUUGCCACCUUACAAUUGUGUUAAUCGGAGCCUUAUAGCAAUGGAUACAAGCAAAACUUAUGGAUUUUUUCAUCGUCGCAUUAUCACCAAAACUCCCAUUUCAGGCUUUUCGAGCAGCGGUAAAAAUUGGUUGCAGCAUUGGGAGAUCAUAAACCUUCAAAUCGAUUGUAAGGGCUCGCCACCAUUUAAGAUCUGCACGCGUUGGUUCAAUGCACCCUACAACGCCACAGGCCAAGAAUCAUGUCAAGAUUACUAUGAAUAUGAAACUUGUAAUUAUAACUAUCAGCGCUACUUUUCCGAUAGCAAAACUAUUUUGUUUUUUAUACGCAACGAAGUAUCUGAAAGUGUCAAUCAAGUUACUGUCAACAUUUAUGAAGCCAAGCGACAGUCGCAGCUCUCAGUUGUAGUAGUGCCUAUUGCCUGCACUUUGGUGGCAGUUUGCUUGGUCAUCUUUGGCGUUGCCUAUUAUAUGCAAAGUCGUAAUCGGUUUACGGUAGAAGUUGCUGACUUUAAUUUUGGUGAUACGCAAUCUGUAGAUAUGGAAUACAAGACAUUCCAGCAGCGAUUGAUUGACAGCAUGCGUGAUGCUUGGCCUUGGCCCAGAUGGCGACGCUAUUCACAAUCUAGCACGGAUCAUAUAGUUGAGACACCUUCUGUAUCUGGUGGUUAUGGCAAUGGCGACGUGGACAGCAAUUUACGUUACAACACGUUGAAUUAAUACCAAGCGCUGUUUUAUUAUUGUUAUCUAUAUGAAUUAACGGAUCUAAGUUAACUUAGGCUACUUACAUUAUUCUCAUCACCUUGGGUGCGUUCUCAUAUUUAAGUCAUUUGCAUUGCACACAUGAUAUUCUCUACUAAAUACUUUUUACCAAUAUUUUGUUAUAUCAUUUCAUUCGUUCACACAAGCGCACACAGCAGGCAAGGUUCAUUAAGCAAAUGCAGAGUCUUAAGAACGCAACUGAAAUUUGAUUGUAAAAAAGACUGUCUUUGUUCUAAAAACGAAUGAAAAAAUGUGAAAGUUAGAGGAGUGUUAGAAUGUGGUUUAACUAUGAUAUGAUAUCGUCUCAUUAAUUAAAAAGUCAAGCAAUUUUCUACGCAACACUUUUCGAAAAUUAAAGGCAAAGACAAUGCAGAAGCAAUACACACACAUACAAGAAAAACAUUAUAAUAUUUAUUGUGAUAGAACUAACUGUAUAAAUAUGUUUGU